AAAAGUAAGUGCUUUGUGAACUGCAGGACCCAACAGUCCCUCUGGCUGCUCCCUGUUCACCCCAUGCUGAUAUAUAACCAGAAAGACAAGGCAGGGUUGGUCUCAGCUCUGCUUUCACACCCUCAUGCCUUCAUCUGCUGACAGUUGGCCUGGCCACAUCCAGUGCCAAUUGCUGCUCUGCCCGUAGCAGAUUAUUUGCCCCUGAGUCUCUCCCAGACACAGAAAAUCAGCACAGGAGUUGCCUCUUGGCACUGAGAGUUCAUAUCAGUCCCCCGUGUGUGAAACAGAUGGCAGGAAACACGGCCCAAACUCGUUGUCUCCUUGCAGACCAUGGAAGCCAUGGACAACAUGCUGCAGGCAUUGGUGCUCGGCUCUUCAGCCUCCAGAGUCAGCGAGCUGCUCCAGAAUAUCUUCCAGAUGCUCUUGACCUUCACCACCUCUGAGAGAGAAUGUGUGCAGGAGAGGGCUGUGGGGAGGAUUGAGAAGAUGAGCUCUGCGCUAUUCAGACAUCCCACACUGGCGUCCUGUGCGAGAUACCUCAGAACUUCUGAAAGGACAGACAUCGUCCUUGUGUUCAUCGAGGCGAUGAGAGACUCCAGCAUCUUUGACAAGAAGCGGGCAACAGACUUGCUGGACAUGGUCAUGGAAUUCCCUGACUUCUGGCUGGCGGAUCUGCCAAAGAUCAUGAGAUGCAUCCACAAAAACCUGGACGGCAUCAACACAGCACCAGCUCGGCAGAGCGUGGCGUCCCUGCUUCUGCUCAUGGCUGACAGGAGACCUGGGAAGGUGCUCACAACGCUGCUGAGGAUCGCUCCACCAGGAGACAGGUACUGGCCCCAAAAGCCACGAGGGCUUGUUCCCUGUGGGGAGAGGGGCACAGAGCCAAGGAAUCCUGCAGGACACCCCCGAGGAGCAGGACCCUCCAUCCCACCAUGCUUUCCAGCGCUGGGGGUCAGCCAGGCCCGCAGCAGCCACAGCUGAGCAAGCCAGCCCAGAGCCCCCCACUGCGCUCCUGCCAGCCCCACGGGAGCAGCAGCUCAGCCUCUGCUGCUGCCCAGGGCAUCCCAAGCGUCCUGCAGCGCGGAGCCGGACACGCUGCUGUGGCCCAGGCUGCCCUGCUGACAGAGCGCUCUCUCGCAGGACUGCCCUGGACAUGUGGGACAUGGUGAUCUCCACACCCCGGCCUCUGAAGAAGAUCUUAAAAAACUUGCGCAAAAGACUCCUGGUCAUAGACUCCAUGUUUCCCAAAGGCAUCAUCAAUGGGUCAGAAAGACCUG